GGAAAAAACAGCUCACAAAGAAAAGAAGAAGGAGAUAGUAGAGGAUGAGGAAAAUGGAGCUGAGGAGGAUGACGAAGAGAAUCCUGAUGAUGUGGAUGAGGAAGAAGGUGGUGAUGAGGAUGAAGAAGGAGAUGAGAAUGGGCAAGAGCAAGAUGGUCAUGCAGAAAAACGAUCUGCAGAGGAGGAAGAGAAUGAAGUGGAUCCAAAGAGACAGAAGACAGAAAAUGGGUCUUCAGCUUGAGUCCUCCCCUCCCGUCUCCUCUGUUCCGUCCAUCUCUCCUCCUCCAUUCCAGCCUGUGCUUGCACUGUCCAUUAGCCUCUGGCUUCACACAAUCUCAGAUGAGGAAAGAUUAGAAAUGCUCUCAAACAGGGAAGAGAGUUUCCUUCUCACCCAAAGAUCUAUCCCAUCUGUGACGUUCCCCAGCAGAAAUUAUUCCAGUCCCCUGCAUCCCCUCAGCUGUGCCCCAUUUACAAACGAUCCUCUUCUCUCAAGAAUCUCAUCGUUUCCUGGGGCCCAGUGCGUAACUGUGCCAGGCCCGCAGGCCAGGCUCUUCGCCUGCCCUCCAUUUUUUUUGGUCACUAGUACGUCUGAGAUUCUCGACAGCUUCUGCUCCCCAAACCUGCUGUCAGAUGUCCUCCCUGAGUCCAGGAGGCUGCGGGCACAGAUCUCAUGGUGCGUUUUCCAGUCCUAAGCCUCCUCCCAUCUGCUUUCCCACUGAACCCUGGGAGACAAAAAGAAUAUUACAAGCAAAUAAUGGUUCUAUUAAACCGCACACAGAGAUAGAAUUUAUUUUAAGCUUUUUUUUUUUCCCAAGUUUACAUGACAGCUAGCUGGCCCUUGUGAAUUUUUCAGAAUAUAAUGGUUGUUUUUAUAUAUGAAUUUCAUCUGAACUGUGUAUUUUUUAAUUUGGAGGCUUUUUUAAAACAAAUCAAGAGAGAAACAAUUGGGGACCAAACUUUGAUUUCCAUUUUUUCCCUUCGGAUUUUCUUGUGACUGUUUUUUGUAAAUUAAAGGCAAUAUAGCCACAGCAUUUUCUAUGGCACAGACAUCACGAGGAUGAUAGAUAUAAAUAUAUAUAUUGUUUUCAACUAGCACUGUAAAUAAAAGCGUUUAAAAAUAUUUCAAA